AAAAAAAAACACAAAAAAACAAAAACUACUUAAAUUGAAACGAUGUGCGAAGAACGAAGAGACUCGAGACAAUUCUGGGAUUGGUGAGAGAGAUCGCUACAAUGGAAGAAUCUGUUCAUCAAUCGAUUCGCUUUGGCUCAGGUUUCUUCUCUCUGUUUCAUUGUUCUACGACUCCAUUAACGUGUAGAUCUACCGAUUCAUCUGAUUUUGAAAUUUGUUGGACUGAUGCAGUUGCGGAUUUGAUUAUGUGGAAGAAUCGACGCGUAGGGUUUCUUUUACUUGGAUCAACAACAUUGUUAUGGUUCCUAUUCGAGAAAUGUGGAUACAGUUUCUUCCCUUUUGUUGUUAAUACUCAGCUUCUUCUCGUUGUUAUACUCUUCCUCUGGGCCAAAUCUGCUAUUCUCUUCAAUAGACCUAUGCCUCAGCUUCCUAAUCUUGAAAUCUCUGAGGCAUCUGUGUUUAUGGUGGCUGAUACUCUACGAGUUUGGAUUAAUACGGCGCUAGCUGUUGCUCGUGAGAUUUACGUUGGAAGAAAUGCAAAGCAACUCUUUCGGGUGAGUGUUGUGUUGUGGACAGUAUCAUUUGUUGGCAAUUUCUUAAACUUCCUCACAAUACUCUAUCUUGGUGUUGUUCUCAGUCUGUUGAUUCCCAUUCUGUACGAGAGAUACCAGGAUCACAUUGACGAAAAGCUAUCUUUAACACAUCGAGUCGUUCAGACACAAUACAGGAAGAUUGACGAAAGAUUACUACAGAAGAUUAUUGCAAAGCCCACAAAUAAGAUAAAGAAGAUGCAAUAGUGAAAGAUACAAGACAAAGUAGGACUGAGUGGGAAGGUAAAACUAAGUAAAGGUGAAACAGGCGACGUAACAAGAUAUGAGUGUAGAUGGCUAGAGAAGUUGAGACUUGAGUGUGGUUCUGUUAUGAAUCAACCCUUCAUUUGAUUCUCUCUUUAUAGAGACUGUGGAUGGAUAAGUCUAUGUGUAAUUUUUGGGAGCUCAAUGUGAUUCUAAUCAGAGUAUGGGGCAAUUUCGGGCAAGCAAAUGGUUUUCAGCUCGAUAAAUUUGUUCCCUUUUUUCUACUUUAGUGCUUGAAAUUGAUAUGGAGACAAUAAAAAACAACUCAUGUCUCUUAUGUGAUUUACGAAAUACUAAGAAUUGACAGAACAAAAAA